GUCCAUCUCAAUAUGAUGUUUACAUUUUAUUUAUUUUGUUUACUAAAAACUGAGGAGAGCAUCCAACCCAUUUGAAUAUAAUACUGUGAAUACCUUGACAGCCAUGCCACAACUAGUUCAUAUUAUAUAUAUAUACACACACAGUAUAAAGACACACCAUAAAGAACAAGUUUCAGCUGUGUGAUAAUUUGGUGUUUUCUUGUUUAGUUUGUUGCUUUUGAGUUGCAUAAUAAAAUGGAGAAAAAGCAAGUUGGGGAGCUUGUAUCUGUGACCUUCACAUGGAGGAUUGAAAAAUUCUCAAGGUUGAGACCCCAGAAGCAUUACUCUGAGGGUUUCGCCGUCGGUGAUUUUAAAUGGCAGAUCGUUGUAUAUCCAAAGGGAAGCAGUGGAAAUCCCGGAAAGCACGACCUGUCAAUAUAUUUGAAUGUCGCAGAUGCUAAAACAUUGUCAUCUGGGUGGAGCAGAUAUGCCCAAUUCACCUUGACCGUCGUCAAUCAACUUGACAGUGAUAAGUCCAUAACAUUUGAAACUAAACAUGUGUUCAGCGCAAGUAAAAGUGAUUGGGGCUUCACAUCAUUCAUGCCUCUAAGUGAACUUUCUGAUUGCACCGAAGGGUUUCUUGUGAAUGAUGCAUGUGUUCUGGAAGCCGAGGUGGCUGUAAGUCAGGUUGACUACACGAGUGCUUCUGAAGUCCAUGAAACUUGGUUUUUUACACCUACAAAACCCUCAGAGAACGAAAAUGAAAGGCAAGGACAUUCAAAUGUGGACGCUGUGCAAUUUCCACAUGUGCUUGCUUUUCUGGAUUCACCAAGUUCUGCACAAAAGCAAACAAUUGCUGAUUCGUUGCAAGCUCCAAUCUUUUCAAAAGCACUUACGACAUCCAGUUCUUAUCAAGUGCUUGCUUUCCAGGAAGAACCAAGCUCUGAACAAUAUUGCCCUGAGCCCAACGAUAGCCCUGUUGAAUCUCCCAUAGUCAAGGAACAUGAGCUAGCACACUCCACCCCACUUGGUGAGCUCAUGGAUUUCCAGGGUUUAGGGAAAAUAGACAAAGAUUAUGUUCCAUUUCUAGAGGAAGUCUGUUUGUUGCAUCCUUCAUUGAUCGAGUGCCAAAGGAAGAAAAGUCGUGUGUUUACUGAAUGGGCAUUCACAGCUUUGGGUAGACUCCUGCACUUUUUGAAGACUACAAAGGGUAAGGAUAUGAUCGAGGAUCCCUGUGAGGAGCACCUUCAACUUUUAUGGGAGGAGCUUGGAACCUUCAAAUUGGACUUGGCUUGGUUGGAGCCUCAUGUUCAGUCUGCUUUGGGUAUGAAGAAGUUUGUGGAAAGGGAACGACAUGUAACGGAGCUGAGAAAUAAUGUGGAUGCUUGGGAUAUUGAGAUCAAGAGGUUGAAGGCUUGGCUAACUGUUGCGGAGGUAGAAUUUGUGGUUGCGAAAACAGACAUGGGAGAGGCAGAAGAAAGCUUUGUUGCAAUAAAUAUGGAUAGUGAGCUCGGUUAUGGCGGGAGGCAUUAGCUGUCCUUGCAGAAUUCUCUCUUUUAUAUGAAAAAAACACAUGCAAUCUAUGUAUUACAGAAUUCUCUCUUUUAUAUGAAAAAAAACACAUGCAAUCUAUGUAUUACAGGCCAAACUCCCUUGCAUGUUAGAUGAAUGUGUUCAUGUUUCUUAACAAUGGAGCGGGAAUGCCCCGCCAUUUCAGUUUUUGUUCUGAAUCAAACUCCUCCAGCUGAAGUUAACUCACUCUCACUCCCCUUCACCCAUCUUAACAAUAGCAAAACCUCUGUAUGUGGUGAGUGUUGGCGUGAGUCAACGUCCUAGGAGGAUUAGGAAUAUAGGCAAUGUCCUAGGAGGAUUAGGGAUGUAGGUGUGUUUCCUACUUUGAUUGUAAAUCGUUUAAUAUUCCUUGUAUCACAAGGAUUGGAGUUGUAUAUAGACCUUCCAACGGGAGAAGAAGAAUAAUACAGAGAAUUAUUAGAA